AUGUCUCAACAAAACUUAAACAAUUACAAUUAUUAUUAUGAUUUAAACCAACAAACAUAUCCUUCAAAUACUUAUUCUACGUUUAUUCCAACAGAAACAAAUUUUACUCAACAAUCUCUUUACGCGUCAAAUUAUCCAAUUUAUAAUGAUCAUGACCAUAUUUCUAUGGAACGUUUUGGGAAUACACUUUUAGAUGAUGGAGUAAUUUCCAUAAGUACAAAUUAUUUGAACAAUUCAAAUCCACCAAUUCAAAAGUUAAUUGGAACUUCAAAUUUUGCACAAAUUAAUGAUAAUUAUUGUUCGUGCGAUAAAUUCAUACCAUGUGAAAAAUUUGAAAGUGAUCAAAUAGAAAAUUCAAUACCUGAGUCAUAUUCACAAACUUAUGAACAAAAUGAGGGAAUACCAUCACCGUGUAGUUCAUUAAUCCUUUACCAAUCUCAGGACAAUCCAAUCUUUUCAACACCUUUAACUACUAUUAUUCAUCAACAACCUAUAAAUCCAAUCGAAUCUCUAACAGAAGAACAAAUCAACGAUCAUAUUUCUUCGAACUACUCUAUCAAAAAAACUUCUACUAUGAUAAUUCGAUCAGAAACGUCACCCGAAACCCUAAAAAAAUAUGAGACGUGCGAAGAAUAUGUGAUAUACUAUGAAAAACGUUGUCAAGUUCUUGAAGAUGGAGAAAUAGAAACUUUAGAAAAUCAAGUUAUUAGAAUGGAUAAAAGAGUGAAAGUUGAAAAUUUGAAUAUUAAUAGUUUGAAGUAUUGA